UACACACAGCUGGUGUGACUAGAAAAAGCUGUUCGGUUACAUUGAGAAGAGGGACAGCCAAGGCAGGAGGCUGCCGAGUGGAAAACACACACACACAGCCAAAAUAAAAUAAAAUCUUUCGCUGUACUGAAGUGAGGCACAGCAAGCAGUCAAAAUGCCGCUGUUUGGUAAAUCUCACAAGAGCCCAGCUGAUAUUGUGAGGAUUUUAAAAGAAAACCUGGCGAUUUUAGUGAAGCAGGAUAAGAAGACAGAAAAGGCUUCGGAGGAAGUAUCUAAGUGUCUGGUGGCAAUGAAGGAGAUUCUGUAUGGCACUAAUGACAAGGAGCCUCACACAGAGACAGUGGCCCAGCUGGCUCAGGAGCUAUACAAUAGCGGGCUUCUCAUCUCUCUGAUUGAAAACCUACAGGUCGUAGAUUUCGAGGGGAAGAAAGAUGUCUGCCAAAUUUUCAAUAACAUCCUCAGAAGGCAGAUCGGUACCCGCAGUCCAACGGUGGAGUAUAUCUGUUCCCAUCAGCCAGUAUUGUUCAUGCUGUUAAAGGGCUAUGAAACGCCACAGGUGGCUCUGAACUGUGGCAUCAUGCUGAGAGAGUGCAUCAGACACGAGCCCCUGGCCAAGAUUAUUCUGCACUCUGAGCAGUUCCGGGACUUCUUCAGCUAUGUGGAAUUGUCAACAUUUGACAUCGCCUCUGAUGCAUUUGCUACAUUUAAGGAUUUACUUACAAGGCACAAGGUUUUGGUUGCAGAAUAUUUAGAACAUAAUUAUGAUGCGGUGUUUGCAGACUAUGAAAAACUUCUGCAUUCAGAGAACUACGUGACAAAGAGACAGUCAUUAAAGCUUUUAGGAGAGCUUCUCCUGGACAGGCACAAUUUCACUGUGAUGACAAGAUACAUCAGCAAGCCUGAAAACCUCAAGCUGAUGAUGAACCUUCUCCGCGACAAGAGUCCCAAUAUACAGUUUGAGGCUUUCCACGUGUUCAAGGUUUUCGUGGCCAACCCCAACAAAACACAGCCCAUCGUAGACAUCCUGCUGAAGAAUCAGACUAAGCUGAUCGAAUUCCUCAGCAACUUCCAGAAGGAUCGAACGGAUGACGAGCAGUUCAACGACGAGAAGACCUAUCUUAUCAAACAGAUCCGGGACCUGAAGAAACCUGCCUCAUAGACUUUUUCACAACACCGCGAACACCUUUUUAUUAAAAAAAAUAGCAAACUUUUUUCCAAGUCCAUCAAGCUUACAAAGAAAAGGUUUCCAAUACAGAUCACUGUAUCUGUUUUACAUUCAUAAACCUACACCAUUAGUUACCAUUAGUGCCACCAGUUCCAGUUCUGGUUCAAUUUGUUUUGAUUUUCUACUCUCAAGGGAGAACCGAAGGUUAUAAUAACUUAACCUCAUCUGGAGCUAAAACUCCCUCCCUAGGGUUUAAAGUUUAAUGGCUGAUCAUCAAUGGAGAAACCAGCAGGACCCAUAUUACCAGCAGCCUACUAAUGAAAUCAAUGUUUGCAUCAUGCUGCCUGCUGUUAGGAUAUUUUAAGUCCAUUUAAUUUCUGUUAACACUCCUGGACUUAUGGCAGUCAAAACACAGGCUACUAUUAAAAUCUCAAUCCAUGGUUAGUGAAUGUACAUUUAAAGAUGCAAUACUAACUUUUUGUAGGGAGAGCAGAAGGGAUAGACUGAUUCGUUAUAACACUGCAGUGCGUGUUCAUUGUGUAUGUGUGUGAGACAUCUAACAUGAUACCAUUUUGAGACUAGCAUUCUUUUUCUCUUUGGAUUGUUGUACUUGUGGAAACAGGGCUUUUAUUAACAGUAGAUUUGAAGCUUUCAAAAAAAAAACAGAUAACAAAGAAAAACCUUCACCAGCUGACUAGUAUACAAAUUUGUUUGAGUGUGUUAGUUAUUAAAAAGCGCAGGGACUAGCCUGAACAAUUCACAAUAUUAUAAAUGUGGCUUUGAAAAACAAGAAGUUGAUGAAAUUGCCAGUAUAAAAGAAAACUAAUGCGUUUAUAAACCUAAGUAAUAUUGAUCUUAUUUAACUAAAAAUCUAACAUUUUAAUUAUUUGUUCUCUUUGCUGGACACUGAAGGUGGCAAUUUAGAUAGACUUUUGUUUGCUCUAACUUUUAAAUCUUUUAACUGUAUAUCUUCUUUUUGUUAAAUUGGGCUGUAUCGCAAUAUUUUUUUAAGUAUUUACAUUUUGCCUUCAUGUGUAUAAAAGCUCAUUUGACACAUUUAGGAAUUGCUGUGUAGAGUGGCUGAUGAUUUCAUGACUACCUUUUUAGCGGCUUUGUUUUCCAGUGCAAAUAAGAAGCAAAUGAGAAUAUUAUUUUAUGAUUGGUAUUUAUAUGCGUGAUUUGUAAUAUUGUGAUUUUUCUUAGCUUUUUCUGAUUAUUUAGAAACAGGCAGAAAAUGUGUCUUUCCAAAACAAAAAGCUUCAGAAAGGUGAGGACACAAAUUCAAAAAGGUGCCUUCUUUGCUUAUGUAACACCUAUUCUUUAGGGGGAGCUUAAUAUAAAUUAAGAACUUUUAUUUUUAUUGUAUUAAGCGAUGAACCCCUCAAGCCUCAUUUUCUCAAAUUCUGUAAUUCCAAAGUGUUUUGCUUUAAAGCUGAUUUUGAAAUGAAAAAGAUACAUUUGUAAAGUAUUUCAGCGCACAAUGUGAAUAAGGUGACCAGGAGUAGUUCUUGCUGACAAAAAAAUGUUAGCCUGCCGACAUCGUGCCAGAACAUGAACACGACUACCAGAAGUAGUCCUUAUUAAAAUAAAAAAAAUAUUUUAAACUGGCUUGGACCACACAGUUUUAGCUGAAUGUCAUUUCUAAUGCAGGGUGAAAACAAACAUUCCCUUUCACAUAGAUGUAAAAAUGUGAUAAUUCAGUUGUGCAUGAUAGACGUAAUCAAUUAUUUCCAAAUUUAGAUUUUUGUUUAGAAACAAAUUUCGGCAAAUUUAUUCCCAAUGUUUUAUGAACAACUCUGCAUGUGAUAAGAGGAUGGGUACACAAAAGAUUAUCAUAUGGCUGCUUUAUACCUAUAUAUUCUAUAUACAAAAGGAUUGGUAAUGGUGAAGCAUACUGUAUGGUUAGCUUUUUAAAAAGAAAUGUUUAUUUCUUAUCCUAUAUUACAGAGGACACUAGCUCUUAAAUUAAAUCAAGGUGGUCCCACCUGAGACCGACAUGCUAAUUUAUAGCCUGUACCCAAGCCAACAUAAAACAGAACACUCCAGUUGAGAUCUUAAAUAUAUAUUUCCACUUUCCGUUUUCAAAUGGAAAUUGCAGAAAUAAAGUUGAUCAUUUUUGUUGUGAAAUUUCAUUUUAAGUCACCACACUGUUGUAUAUUUCCACCUAAUGUUAGUGUACCACAUCACUGAUGAAAGACAAUAAAAGAUUACCACCCUCUG